AUUAUCGGCUACGUCGGCCACGCCGCCGCACUGCCGCAUAUGAUUCAUAGGGACCGUGCUCGCAGGACCGAGCUCGCGUUUGUUUCAGGGUUAGAAGCCAAAUUUUGUACGCUCGAAGAUGUUAGAAGUCGGUCUGAGAGUAGUCCGUGGUCCAGAUUGGAAGUGGGACGAUCAGGAUGGUGGCGAAGGCCACGCUGGGACAGUAGUGGAGAUCGGAAAGCCCCCAUCUACCGGAAACCCAGCUUCCAGUCCGAAUCCUGCUGACCGGACACCGGACAAGACGGUAAUCGUCCAAUGGGACCAUGGCUCCAGAAGUAAUUACAGAAUCGGAUAUCAAGGUGCUUACGAUCUGCUGGUAUUUGACAAUGCGUCCGCUGGUGUCAAGCACUCCAACAUCAUCUGUGAUGGGUGCAAGAGAUACGGGAUAACCGGCAUUAGAUGGAAGUGCUCGCAGUGUUUCGAUUACGAUCUCUGCACGCAGUGCUACAUGGGCGACGUGCAUGACUUGACGCAUACGUUUAAACGAUUUCAAACUGCUAACGCCGUCGGGGUUCAGUUAACGCCAAGAGAAGGCUACACCAAGGUGCCGUUAAAGGGAAUCUUCAUAGGAGCAAGGGUCAUUCGCGGCCCAGACUGGGAGUGGGGAAAUCAGGAUGGAGGGCGUGGGAAAACCGGCAGAGUCAUGGACAUACGAGGAUGGGAUAACGAGAGCUGCCGAUCCGUUGCCACUGUCACCUGGUCCACCGGCAGCACGAAUGUGUACCGAUUGGGCUACAAGGGCUGCGUGGACUUGUGCUAUGUGGAGGAAGCAAAGUUCGGUACUUACUACAAGGAACAUCUUCCAUUGCUCGGCCAACCAGUGAUGAUCAUACCGGACAAUGGAAACAGCUCGACCUCCAGGAGUAGUACCAACAACGCCACCUCUAGUUCACCCUAUCCGACGUUCAACGUCGGUGACAGAGUGAAAGUACUGCUCGAAGUUGAAACCUUAAAGGAGAUGCAGGAUUCGGGUCACGGCGGAUGGAAUCCGCGAAUGGCCGAGUGCAUAGGAAAGAUUGGCACGGUGCACCGAAUUACAGACAAGGGAGAUAUUCGCGUGCAGUACGAAGGCUGUAAUAAUAGAUGGACCUUUCAUCCGGGUGCCCUGACGAAAGUUACCAAUAAGGACGCCUUCGUCAUCGGCGAUAUAGUCCGAGUGAAGACUGAUCUGACCGCGGUCAAGCAUUAUCAGCGCGGCCACGGCGAAUGGAUAGACGUGAUGAAAAACGCUCUGGGAAAAACCGGGAAGGUAAUGAAAAUCUAUUCCGACGGCGACUUGCGUGUGGCGUUGGACAGUCACACGUGGACGUUCAAUCCGCUCAGUGUCGUCCUUGUUCCUGCCGGGACGAACACGGCCGCUACGCAUUACGAUGCGAACAUAAUUAGAGAUCGCUCAGCCGAGGGUACCGACAGCGAAGUGGAGAAACUGUUAAGGGAUGCAGCUAGAGGUGAGGCUGGUGUAGCCGCCGUGCGUGAAUUCCUGAAGAAAUAUCCGAGCAGGGUGGACGCGCGUGCUCCCGGUGGUGGCAAGAAAACAUGUUUGCAAGUAGCCGCGCAUCAAGGCCAGCGCGAUCUUUGCAGCCUUCUUCUGGACGUCGGUGCCUCUUUACGGGCAGUGGACGAAGACGGAGACACUCCUUUACAUUACGCAGCGUUCGGCAAUCAACCUGAGGUGAUGGAACUGCUGUUGUCUCGGGGUGCGACCAUUAACGCCGUCAACAACGGCAGAUGCAGUGCCUUGCACGUGGCGGUAAACAAGCAGCACGCGCAAUGCGUGAAGAUGCUAUUGCGCUACCACUGCGACGUCAAUCUGCAGGACUCUUACGGCGACACGGCGCUGCACGACGCGAUCGGAAAGGACGCGCUCGACAUAAUUGACGCACUGUGCGCCUGCGAGAGAGUGGACUUCAAGCUGCGGAACAAACGCGGCUUCAACGUCCUGCAUCACGCCGCGCUCAAGGGCAACGCUCACGCUACGGAGAAGUUAGUGGCGCGUACUCGGAACCUGGUGGACAUGAAGAAGGAGGACGGCUUCGCGGCGUUGCACUUGGCGGCGUUGAACGGCCACAAGGAAGUCGCGGCGAUACUCUUAUCGCAGAACGGCGGCCGCGCCAAGGUUGACUUGCGCAACAACCGGCAGCAGACGCCGCUGCAUCUGGCGACUUCGCAGGGUCAUUGGUCGUUGGUCGAGCUGUUAGUGCAUCACAAUGCGGACGUCGCCUGUGCGGACGAAGACGGCGACACUGUGCUGCAUAUCGCGAUCGCCAAGAGCCCGAAUCAACAGACCGUCGUGCCCACAACCGAGAGCAACCGGGACUCGCCGCUUAUAUACGCGAUCUGGCAGGCCCUGGCGAGGCAAGGUGCAAAGACUGAAUUAGCGUUAGCUUGUUUUUUGGUGAGCAUAGACAGAAGCUGCACGCUUCUUGAGCAGGUGAAGAACCACAAGGAGAAGACGCCGCUCGAUCUUUUGGAAGCUGAUCCACAGGCCACUCAGCUCGCCGAUCUCUUACGAUCUUACCAAUACCAAAGUCACAGCACACAAUUAGAGAUAGAGAAUAAUCCAUCGACCGGUUACGUGGAGCCGUCUACGUGUCGGAUAGAUAGCAUAUCGCCGUCGGAAGGAUCGCGCGAUGCUAGGAAGAGCAUUCCCGGCGCCGAUGCGGAGUGUCGGGAUUGCUCGGGGAUCGUACCCGACUCGAAGCAAGAAAACCGGUUUGACUCGGACAGCGCGCUCGUUGGUUGCGCGCACUGCGGCCAUGCGAUCGUUAAGAAGCAAACGGCUCAAGACGGUCAACUGGCGGCGGGUGAGGUUUCCAUAGCUAAUCCGGAGGACAAAUCGCCUGAGGGCAAACGAAAAGAGGAGAUCAGCGAGAAGGAGAAGAACAAGGAUCUGGAGCGAUUGCGUUACCUAGAGACCAGAGUCGCGGACCUUGAGGAGGCGAAUAUGUGCAGCAUCUGCAUGGAGCGCCAUCGUAACGUCGCCUUCCUGUGCGGACACGGCGCCUGUGAGCACUGUGCCGCGCCGUUGAGGACCUGUCACAUGUGCCGUAAGACGAUCACGAAGAAGAUCAAUUUGUAUUAGAGAAUCGUUCUCGAUCAAAAGCUUAUCGACUGGGACGCCAGUCGACGUCAGUUUCUAGAGCGACACGCGCGUGCACCGGGCGUUGCCUCGGGGAAGAGAAGCGGGAUCGAUAUUUUGGCAAGCGGUAACCUGAGCGGACUCUUGCCGGUAUUCAAUUCUUUCGGUCACGUAACUCUUUCGUAGGGCGGAAACGGGAACAGUGAAAUAUUUUCAAAUUAGAAAUUUACACUUCUCACGAAUUCAUGCUGGAGAAGAAGAUUCAUGACCAACCCCCGAGAGUCUCAUUUAGCGUGAACUCGUGAAAAGUGUGAAAUUUUCUAAUUUAACUUGUUAACUGGGUAUGACGAAAUAUUUCGUCAUACACGAACUACUGCUGCAAUGGGCAUGACGACAUUUUUCGCCAUGGAAAUUUGCCGUAAUAUUUUGAACGCGAACAAAAAAAAAUUUAUCCCCCGGUUAACAGGUUAAAAAUAUCUCAUUUUUCACAUUUCCGCCCUAGGAGAAAAAUUGCGUGAUCAAAAGACGACGAUCUUAAACGUAAGGGUCUUACGUUUAAGAUCGUCUCAAGUUCGUCUCUAGAUGCUUUAUAGACGUUGAAACAUCUGUAUAGUAUCUGAACUUGAGACCAUUUUAAAUGUAAAAUUUGACAAUGAAUAUUGCCCUCUGGCUCGCGCAACGAUUCCGAGAAGAACUUUCUCAAGGGGAUUCUGGAGAGUCGUGUAGUUUUACCGCAAAUUUGUUAGUACUAUACUAACUGCAGAUAAUUAAACAUUCUUUUGUGGGAUUACACACAAUAUAAACGUUAAUGUAGAUGACGAUGGUUGACUUUAUUCGAAAAACGAAAAAAAUUAACAAAUUAUAAAACUUUUUUUCGUUUUUCGAACAAAGUCAAUCGACGUCGCUUACAUUAAUAUAUGUAUUGUAAUUGUGCAAAAGAAUUUUUAAUUCUGAGCUUAUGGUGCUAACAAAUUAGUAGUAAAACAGGACUACUUUGGAAUUUCCUUAAACUAGGUCUACAAUGCGGUCGUUGGCAGUCGUAAAAUCGUAAAAUCGUAAUCCUUCAAGUUGAUUCAAUUCCGGCAAUUCAAUUGGCCGUGGUCGCUAGAAUUAGAAAUAGACCGAGUCGAACAAUUACGACUGUACAAUCCUGCGAUCGCAUUGUAGGUCCAGUUUGAGUUCCAAAUGGUUGAGAAAUUGUCUCGUAAGCGCAAACAAUUCCUGCAUUGUGAGUGGCAAUCAGCGAAAACCCAUUGAAUUGUGUCGCGUAAAGCUGGGUAUACUUUAAGUAAACAAAUAAGGGACGAAUCGUUUGGAAAUUUGCAAUUUGGAAAAUGUGCGCCAUAAUAAGUCCAAAGUCCAAGUUUCUCGAGCCGAUUUGCUUACAUGAUGAUUUAUCAAAGAAAGUUCGCGCUUAGACGUGAGUAUAUAUAUUAUAACGCGAAUAUACACAUAAAUUGAUACGUUUCGUGACUACCAUUCGGGAAUGCUCAGGGAUUUCUUCAGCGUUUCCGUGCCAUUCGCCAAUAUUGCAUAUAUGAUUUUGUUUUAUAAUUUUAUCACAGUAACUAUUAAAAGAAAGGACAACAAUUUAUUUAGUUAUAACAUUUUCUCAUGUUGGUUAUUCUGAUGACUUUAUAGGAAAAUGGCAGCAAGGAACGUGUUAACGUGAUCAAAUACAUAAUAACGCGGAUAUCAUACAUUUAUCUUAAGAUGGAUUCAGACCAAGCGAACGAACAAACGCGAAUAAACGUUUGCAAAUGAAUACAAACGGUUAUUAACGGAAAUUUAUACGAAAAAUUGUCCAAACUGAGAAUGAACAAACCGUGAAUGAAUAUGAAGAAACAUCUGCCAACAAAUUGGAAAAAGUUAGUGAGGACGGCUCCGCGAACAGGCACGGAUGAACAUUACAAACGUAUUCCAUUUCGUGUCGGUAUAUUAAAGAAAAUUUGUUCAGUCGCCCUCGUUCGCGAUCGGCCUGUCUAAUAAAUUGAUCCACACUAAACGAAUAAGCAGUUAGAAUUUCAUGGGGGAUUCACGUUGUAUCCAAUGUCUGUCAUACGACGUCCGAUAUCAAAUAAGAGAACAGUUUUCUGGAGACGUUUUUUUGGAGACAAACAUGUUGCUUCCCAGUUGACACGUUUGAUCGCAGCUACAUAACUCCAAAUAUAACAAUAACUUUACGUUCCGUUAACGUAACUGUUACAUAUUUCUAUAUUGCUACAUAUACUAUAUUGCAGUUACAUUGUUGAGUACGAAAUUAUAACAUCGAUAUGAAGUUAUUAUUACAUUUGAAGUUAUACAGCUGCAAUUAAGCGUGUCGACUGAGUAGUUGGAAACACUAAAAAGUGAAAUCUCCUAUCGGAUCGUCGUACAUCGGAGGCAGUGGCAUCAUUCUUUGGGUAUUUAUUGUUGUUCCGGCUCACUUUCUUUUUUGAAGCAGAUCAGCACAUUAUUUAUAACGAGAAGUGCUAUGCAAAGCAAAAAAAUAAAAUAAAAUUAUAAUCACAAAUGAAACGUCAGCAUUAAAGAAGAAAAAAAGAGUGAAACAAAAACGCUGAUUGGUGGAUGACAUUUGCCUUUCGAAGCAGAAACAAAUACAGUGCGUGUAAUUUAUUGAAAGAUCUACUGUUGAAAAUCUCGGACAUUUUAGAAAAUUUCACACGAGUGGCUGUAUCGAGAACCCCAACGAAUUCUAAUUGCUCGUUCGCGUUCUUCGGACGUUCGUUCGUUUGAAUCAACCUAUACAGAUACACGCUGAUGUUCGUUCCUUGUUCAUGCUCGUUCGCUUAGUUUGAACACCACCUUUACGCACUCACUCGUUCGUCUGUUCAAUAUAUACCCACCUUAACAUUCAACGUCUCUGCCAGAGACUCUCUGAGUCUUCAAUACCGAUAAGAGAAACAUUGAUCGUAGCUUGCUUUCCCAGUUUCCGGAAGAAUGCAAUCUUUAAUCUCGGUGCACUUUGCUACUCGCAAUGAGAGUCCAUGCCACUUUUUCGCGUGUUUUUUAUGAUAACGAUAAAUAUGCUACGUCGCUUGCCGAAGUGUCAAUCUUCUUUCGCGAGGUAUCUUACGAGAGCGGCGAAAGACAAACCAGCCGGCCGCAAGGUGGGCGAUUUUUUUGUGCGCGCGCGACGCUGUCGUGAAGAAUCGAAACUGCCAAAACCCAUAUAGAAAAAGAGAGAGAGAUCGUUUCCGCACGUCCGCGAGCGGGCGAGAGCUUCAUGACGACGCUCCCGUCCGUCGUUGCACCAACAUCGUGCCAUAAUGAGAGAGAUUUUUUACGCGCGACGGAGAUCGCGUCCGCUCGGCUACCGUGGCUGUAGUUGUUUGCUCGCGCUUUACGUUACGCUUUGUUGAUUUUAUCAGAGAUUAAUUAAUUAGUUUUUAAUCGAUAGCGCAGCGUGAGCGCGUCGUAUCCCGGCGGACGCGCGACGACGUACACAGUCGGUGGAUUAAGGCCGGUAUUCAUAAUCAGAUCUUGUAUUUAAGGAGAUCUUGGAGUCGUCCUGUUUUAACGCAAAUUUGUCGUUAUUGACUGCACAGAAUUAAGAAUCCUUUUGUAGAAUUGCAAUACACACGUUAAUGUAGGCAGUUGACCUUGUUCGAGAAACGAAAAAAUGUUAACUUAUGAAACGAAGAAAUAAAUUAUGAAACUUCUUCUCGUUUUUCAAAUAAAGUCAACUGCCUGCAUUAACGUGUGUAUUGCGCAAAAGGAUUUUAUGCAGCCAAUAACGACAAAUUUGCGUUAAAACUGGACGACUCCAAAAUCCUCUUGAGACCGUCUCAGAUGCUUCGUAGUCAAUGAGAUGAGCCGUAAAGUAUUUAUAAAAAGGUUUCAAGUAUAAGAUUCGACUAUGAACACCAGCCUAAAAGUGAUACAACAAUUUUUUCCCGACGAGUUUCACAACGCAUUUCGUACCUAAUAAGGGCUGCGUUCCGAAAUGCACUGCCAGUACUAAAAAUCGUUAGUUAUGUAUCUCUAUAGUUUGUCACGUAUACUGUAGAUUUUCAGUACUGACAAUGAAUAUCGUAACGUAAUCGAGAAAAUGUUAUCUCCCGAGAAUUACCAAAAAUUAAAUUCUCUUAUUGGACGCGCGAGACUCGUCGGAAAGAAGUAUGAAAAAAGAUCUUGAAUUUGCUGGCUGUACUGUUUGUAAAACGUGUAUACAUACCGUGUACGCCUUCCUUUCUCCGCGCCUGUGCUUUAUCCCGUCCAUUUUGUACCCCUUGUUUGAGGAAAGCGCAGCUGCCGAACGCAAGAGUAAAGACGAGCGCUUCACUCGCACGCUUCAACGAGGUAACAAUGUAGCAAAUCGGCACGGAAUCACCCGAAUGAGAAAUGUUCGCACAUAUCGCACCACACGUUAUCACGAACGACGUGCUAUUUCCACGUACCAGGUAUUGCACAGACGUGUACAGGGUGAUCCGCGAGGAAACCGACAAACUUCGAAAAUCUGUUCCAGAGGUCAUUCCAAGCGUUCAGAUAACGCUGUGGGUCAAUUUGGCUCAUUUAUCGACAUAUGAAAAAAAGAUUGAUUUUUAAAAUGGUCAUUUUUCUGUCCCACUUAUUGAUGAAUAGAAAAGAAUAUAAAUUUAUUGAUAUUAUUAGAAGAAAAUAUAUAUAUUUAUUAAUAUAUAUUAAAAAAGAACAUUUAUUUCGAAUUAUCUCAAGCUCUGUAUUAACCAUUUAGUACUAGACUUUGUCUAGAACAUUUAGAAGGCACUCUACUUCCGAAAAAUAGAGAACACAAAUGAGAAAUGCAAAAAUGAGACAAUGCAGCUAUGACAUAGCUCAGGUAUAAACUGUAGACGAUUCUUCGGUCAAUUCAAUCUUAAAAAUAAAAAUAUUGUGGGACGAGAUAGAUGCUGGCCGAUUUUAAUUUGACAUAUCUAUUUCAGCGUUUCAAAAGCUUUCAAUUGGCGCCGGUCUCAACUGUGUCCCAUUGUGCUCAGGCAGAAGUAAAAGUCAGUCACUCUUUAAUUCUUGUCAGUAACGCAAAUUUCCGGAUAAUGAUAGUCCCGGCUCGUUUUAGACUUCUUUUAUAAUGUUGUUUGAAAUUUCAUUUAUACAAUCAUUUAUACACUUUGAAAUCUCAUGUAUGCAAUAGCGGCGAGCUAGAGACUCGUCAAUAGUUAGUUGAAAAAAUAAUGGAAGUAAUAUUCGUAUUGAACUUGGACAAAUUAACUGGCGAUUUCGAAUACAACGAGCAGCAGCAUGUUUAUGAGCAGAAGGUGAACAAAGAAUAUUUAGGGUUGUCCCGGGAAAAGUCAUGGAAAUUAUAUUAAUCAAGGAAAACCUGGAAAAGUCAGAGAAAGAUAUAAAAGAGGCUGAAAUUUUGAACUUUGCUUUGAAUUCCUUUAAAUCUUUUUAUUCUAAAGAGUGCUUGGAAUGUUUUUGAAUAUUAUAUCUAACAUUUGUGUUGCUCUCUUCUAGUAAUAUAAACUACCUUUCCUGCAAUCUUCAAAUGAAUUUUAAAAUUCCCUAAUUUCUUUGCGCUCUUCAACACAACACAUACAACAGUGGAGAAUUUUCCAUGACGCCAAAAUGGUCCCUGCGGAGAUUGCAUCUAAACGUUGAAAUUUAAGUAACAUCUUGGUAUCAUGGAAAAUUCUCCAUUGUUGUCUGAAGAGCGCAAAGAAAUUAGGGAAUUUUAAAAUUCUUUUUCUGUGGCAACUCUGAAUAUGAUCAUGAGAAUAAUAUAUUUACCUAAUAAAAGCUACAAAUGUCUGGUAUUUUUCGCCUGUUAUAACAUUAAUAAAAUUGUCUAUAUUUCGAUAACUGUGGGCCGAAUUGACUUAACUGUAUCCGAACUUUUUUAUUCAGAAUUAUCUCAAGGAUACAUUUUAGAAGUUUGUCGGUUUUCUCGCAGAACACCCUAUAGAUCAUUGAGACGGGUUGUUCACCCUCGCGCUCUCGCACGAAUUCAGUGGGUCUCAACGUUGCACAAAUUUUCGUUCGGAAAAGAAUUUGCGUAAGCGAAUACACCGUCAAGGCCUAACGAGCCCAUGAAACAGCCAGACAAUCCGUCGCGACGACCCAAAUGUUGGUACAACACACUGUACGUACGUGUCCGAAAACUUCCAAGAUCCUGCGAACUUCUUACCGUUACACACGCAGCGGGAGAGAAGAGAGCACACUCGAGAACCGACAGAUUUGAGUAUGUGACUUUUUUUCAUGCACGACUUGCGCGCGCGAGAAGUGUUUACUAGCAUUUUUUGAUACUUUUUGCAGGGACGAUCGUCACGGCGUCAAGUUUAACGGGGGGAGCAGCUCUUCGUUAAUUUCUCUCACACGUUGUGUACGUUUAGAAAAAUAUAAGGACGAUCGGUGACAUUACCGGCGGCAACAGUAGAUUUCACAGAAAUAUGUCGUUUAAGUAUCUUUUAAAUAUUAGGUAGGCAAAAAGAAAGAAAGAAAGACAGAAGAGUGUGUUCUCAUUGUCCAUUCAGUAAAAUCGCGAGGACCCUUCGAAACUACUGCAGUACGAGAUACUUGGAUUUCGUACAUCCGCUCCAACGUGAACGUAGUACCCCCUUCUCUCCCACAUUUACAUUGCGCAUGUUCGCUGGACGUUUGCGUAAGCUGAGUAAGAGAUAUAGAAAGGGAAAUACCCCUCCCCAGUCCUAUAGCCAAAUUUUCUAGGUAGUUGAAUCGUGUUCGUCGAGACCGCGUUUGUAUAAAGUAAUCCGUUUGUGAUCGACUGAAAAAGAGAGAGACCGGAGCAAAGAACCAAUUAAUUUUAAGCGCGCUUUCCGUAGCGAGCGCACAUCGAACAAGAGAUUUUUCCCGCAGAAAGAAGUAAAAUCGCGUCAUUCGAAAGAGCCGACGAUUACCGAGGUACAGGCUUAACCGCGAGGACGAAUCGUCAAGCAGUCGAGGUACUAGCGCGCGCGCGCACGAGAGAAAGAGAGAGAGAGAUUGUGGGAAAGAGAACGAGCGCCACGAAACGGUGGUCUCCGAAGGAAUUCGUUUUUUUCUUUUAUCAGUAUUAGACAUCUUGCCUUUCUACUUGACACAACGAAAAGAAGAUCACAUUCGAGGCGCACGUUGUUGCAGCGUUUUAUUUAUACGGUGUAAGGUGUACCCCGGUGUUAUCGCGCUGCGUGGAUCGCGAUUUUUUACAUCGACUAUUAGCGUAUUUAACCUCUCCGGACCGACGAUGAUGACCCGUCGAGGAGAGAGAGAGAGAGAGAGAGAGAGAGAGAGAGAGAGAGAGCGAUUUUUAUCAAUUAUCAUGCACGGAGCCGGAGCGCUCCCUUCCAGGGUAAAGCAUCGCGAAUUUUACGCCCACGGCGAACUGCAUGUAAUGAUAUUGCCAAAUCUGAUUCUUCGAGAUGAUAUUAACUUUCCCCUUUCUUUUUUUUCUCUUUUUUUUUCCCCUCGAAACUGUAACUGUAUUGUCGUUAGAUAUACCGCAAAGAAAAUGUGAAGUACGAUAAAACUAUGGUAGCGUAUUGCGUAAACUCUUAAGCGCGUCGAUAGGUUUAUACGAUUAUACGUAAUUUAAGACAUAAUUUAAAUAAACAAUUUUACGGUAGAUAACUUUAAUCUUCCCAAUUCGCUGAACUCUCUCGGAUCCCUCAUUCACCCCUCCUUCUCCUUUUUUCUCUUACCCUUUAAACGUCUUAUCGACCGACGACGAGGAGAAAAGCUUUCCAUCGAGAACCUCUUGUCUUUUCUCCCGACUAAUCGCGUGGAUGAUAAGAGCGGAGAAUAAAGAAUCGACCGAUAAUGAACAACAUAGCUGAAAUGACAUAAACAUUAAUAAUAAUAAACGCACACGUAACACACGAGAGUCACCUCAACACGCACUCCAAGAACAAGACUGAAAUAAACUUUUUUUUUUAUCCCUUAGCUUAGCAAGCAAUCUUAUUUAUUUUGGUAUUUGAUAAAGGUAGUCGUAUAUUACAUUGUUGAGCCGGUUUUGCAAAAAU